AAAUUUUACAUCCCGAGAAAGUCAGAAAACCAUCAUUUUCUGGGGAAAUGAACUCUCACAGAUAGAGAGAGAGAGAGAGAGAGAGAGAGAGAGAGAUUAAAUUGGAAAACGUUACGUUUGCUUUCAUAUCUGAAAGACUCUUCUCUAAUAAUGGCAGCUACAACGAGACGGUUGCUUCAGUGUGCGUCUAAAAGAGUUUCUACCUACGCCGGAGUGCGGCGGAGCUAUGGCGGUGUUCCGCAGUCGAACUCCAAUUCUCCUCCGUCUUAUUCUUCUUCUUCUCAGCGAUUGAUCGAAUUAGAAUCUGAAUUCAGUGCCCACAAUUACCAUCCUGUUCCGGUUGUGUUUUCUCGUGCAAAUGGCUCAACUAUAUGGGACCCUGAAGGAAAGAGAUAUAUCGAUUUCCUUGCUGCUUAUUCCGCAGUUAAUCAGGGACAUUGCCAUCCUAAGAUCAUGAAGGCGUUGCAGGAACAAGUGGAGAAACUCACUUUAAGUUCACGAGCGUUUUAUAACGAUAAGUUCCCGGUGUUUGCUGAGCGUCUCACGAAUAUGUUUGGUUAUGAUAUGGUGCUUCCUAUGAACACUGGUGCUGAAGGUGUCGAAACCGCUUUGAAAGUAGCAAGAAAAUGGGGUCAUGAAAAUAAAAAUAUCCCCAAAGAUGAGGCUAUAAUCGUCUCUUGUUGUGGCUGCUUUCAUGGUCGUACAUUAGCAGUUAUUUCCAUGAGUUGUGACAAUGAUGCUACUCGUGGAUUCGGACCACUGUUGCCAGGGAAUCUUAAAGUUGAUUUUGGUGACGCCAAUUCACUUAAGAAAAUCUUUGAAGAAAAAGGAGAUAAAAUAGCGGGAUUUCUUUUUGAGCCUAUUCAAGGUGAAGCCGGAGUUAUUAUUCCUCCUGAUGGUUAUUUGAAGUCUGUAAGAGAACUGUGCACAAAACACAAUGUUUUGAUGAUAGCUGAUGAAGUACAAAGCGGUCUUGCGAGAUCUGGAAAGAUGUUAGCUUGUGACUGGGAAGAUAUUCGUCCUGACAUGGUGAUACUUGGGAAAGCAUUAGGUGGAGGAGUAAUUCCUGUAAGUGCAGUGCUUGCUGAUAAACAUGUGAUGCUUCAUAUCAAACCCGGCCAACACGGAAGCACAUUUGGUGGGAACCCUUUAGCUAGUGCUGUAGCUAUGGCUUCUUUAGACGUUAUCGAGGAAGAGAAACUCGUGGAAAGAUCAGCAAGUCUUGGAGAUGAACUGAGGAUUCAGUUGAAUGAAAUCAAGAAACAGUUUCCAAAAUACAUAAAGGAAGUACGAGGAAGGAGAUUGUUUAAUGCGGUUGAGUUCAAUACCGAAAGCUUAUCUCCGGUUUCAGCUUACGAUAUUUGCUUGAGCUUGAAGGAGAGAGGAGUCUUGGCUAAACCAACUCACAAUACUAUUGUCCGGUUAACUCCACCGCUCUCCAUAAGCUCUGAUGAACUACGAGAAGGCUCUAAGGCUCUUCGAGAUGUUCUUGAGCUCGAUCUUCCGAAUCUGCCCAAUUCCGGUAAAACCCCGGUUUCUCAUUUAACCGAGUGCGAUCGCUGCGGAAGAAGCCUCUAUGCUUGAACCGGAUCAGAGGUUGAUUAUGUUCUGGUUUUAUUUGAUUGUUUGUAUCUUGUUUAUGUAGGACACAACACCGGUUCGGUAUAAGAUAUAUAUUAUAUGUACGUAUAAGGUCGAACCGGAUUGUACCGAACUCAGUAGAAACAACUCUAGUUUAUUUCUGGUUUGGCAUUAAAUAACCCCGAUUUGGCUGUUUGCACAA